UUAACUUUGGAGAAGAUGGCGACGGUAAACUCUGACAGAUUUUGUGGAAAUUUACAUUUGAUACAAAGUUAAUAUGGCAUAUCGUUGCUAUAAAAAGUCAUUAAUUGACGUACACGAUCUGGCCGAUAUUUAUAUUCGCUGGGUCAAUAUGAUCAUAUCUGCCCCAGGCCGAUUUUUUUUAAAGAAAAGACUGCGAAGCGCCACUUCAACCGAACAAUAUGAUGAUAUAUCAUGAAAUGACGUCCAGUCAGCCUUAUCCAACGUUAAAAAUAUUAAUAUAAUAUUAUUGUCGGGGAAUGAUGUGCAAUUACGGAAAUAUAAAUUAUGCAGCGGAUUAAAGCGAUUAUGCUAAGAAUAAUAUAAUACAGGCUAAAGGAAAAUACAUGUAGCCUGCAAUAUGACGGUAAAAGAAGAUCAAAACGAGCAAGAAUCAGAAAUUGUCCAGUUAUUUGAACCUUCGCCAGAUUUAAAUGAACGCAAAUUAAAUGGCACUGAACCGCCAGUGGUUUGUUCACACGAAACUCCUAUCAAGUCGGAAAAUGGACUUAACAAGGACGUUAUCAAUAAAGAGGAUGUGCAGUUUAACGACAUGGACAGAGGUUGGUCCUGGGUUGUACUAUUCGCUAGCUUUGGAAGCUUCAUGCUAAUCGGGUCCUGCAUGAACGGCGUCGGCAUUAUCCACGCGACUUUACUGGAGCUCCACGGGGAAAGUGUUGGGCUCACUUCAUGGGCAGGGGCUCUUCAUACAGGGCUCGCCUCUCUCGGAGGUUUCCUAGCAACGGCGUUUUCGCCCAGUAUCUACUGCACCAUUUUUACGCUGGGAAUUCUUGGAGGUCUAGGUGGUGGUUUUGGUUACACUGCCGCAACGGUAGUCGUAAGUUAUAACUUUCGUGCUAGACGGAACAUUGCUGUUGGUAUUGCGAUGUCAGGUGUCAGUGUCGGACUUUGUGUGUUUGCUCCAGUGAUGCAGCUUGCACGGGACACGUACGGAAACAGGGGCUUUUUCAUCAUUCUCGCUGCAAUAGAAUGCAACCUGAUCACUUUUGGGAUGCUCUGUUUUCCAAGCAAACAGGAAAUUUAUUCGCAUGUGUCUCGUAAAUUAGCGAACGUGGCUAGAAAUUAUGACAAAAAUCGUUUACGAAUACUAUACUCUUUAAAACCAUAUUUUAAAGUUUUAUGUAACAAAGGCAUAUGCUGUCUUUGUGCAUGUAUGUUCCUGUAUGGGUUAGGUGUGUGUAUGAUCUUUCAACAUUUACCCAAUUAUAUUGUUUUCAAAGGUUACACUUCACAGCAGUCCUCAUAUUUGUUAUCAAUAUCUGGAGUUUUGGGUAUUUUUGGCCGUAUAGGUACAGGUUUUAUAGCAAAGAUGAAUAAAAAGGAUGACAUAAUCCCUUUCACGUCAACUAUUGGGAUCGUUGGCAUAAUUACUAUUGUAUAUCCUUUCUUGGCGCCUUUCUACUAUGGUCACGUGAUAUUUGUUGUUGUAUUUGGAUUCUUCGUUGGCAAUUGUUACGUGGUCACAUCGUCCAUCACCCUCCAGUUUGUUGAUAUAAACAACAUGGCCACUGCCAUUGGAAUGCAGUUUCUGUUUUUUGGCAUCGGAGCUGUACUCGGACCUAUACUUGCAGGCGUUGUUGUGGAUGCUGGUGGCUCGUAUGACCUGUCUGUUAUAUCAGCAGGAAUUUGUAUAAUUUUGGCGACCGUCGUUGGCGUUAUGUCUACAUGUUUCAAAAAUCGAACUAAGCGGAUCAUGGAUAUAGAGGUUAUUCCUCCAAAAGAAGAACUGAAUGACAUGAACUCAGGUUGUGAUACUCAUGGAUAAACCGUUGGUUCACAUAGACCUCGAUAAUCUGGUUAGGUUUCAUUAAACCAUUUCAACGCUCACUUAUUAUCGUUUUAAUCUCAGGUAUAGAGCAUCUCAAAAAAAGAAGAAGAUUUAUAUGAAUUGUUAACGGGCAAAGUUUCAGAUGCAAGGAAUUAUAGAUUCAGUUAUUGUUAACACUUUCAUGCUGACAUGCGCAACACUUGCUAUUUAAAAAGGAAAGAUUAUUGCUUGGAAAAGUCAUUUAAAAUGUGAAUAUUUUCAUGUUAUCAGCAUACUGUGGUUGUUUAAUGUGUGUUCCCAAUUCUAUUAUUUCUUUUUAUGUAGUAUCAACAUGACUAGCUUUUACGUAACUUUGUAACAAUUUUUUCAUAUCAAAAGCUGCACGAACGUAUUUCCUGAAAAUAUUUUAUACCCUAUUUUAGUUUGUAAAUUAAAUGUAUGAAUUGUUUCAAUGUUUAAUUUUUGCUUGUAACAUCAUAUACGCCAAUGUUUUGCAUGUUGGUUGUGUUUGAUUUGGAAUCAUUAGCAAAUAUUUAUUACCGCACAAAACACAAUAUUUGAUACCCUACAUUAUGACAAACUGAAUUGUUACGUUGAAAAAUUGAAACCAAUUGCAUGAGUAUCCAUUAUUUUUAUGUCCCCCACUAUAGUAGUGGGGGACAUAUUGUUUUUGCCCUGUCUGUUGGUCUGUUGGUUGGUCUGUUGGUUUGCGCCAACUUUAACAUUUGCAAUAACUUUUGCAAUAUUGAAGAUAGCAACUUGAUAUUUGGCAUGCAUAUGUAUCUCAUGGAACUGCACAUUUUGAGUGGUGAAAGCUCAAGGUCAAGGUCAUCCUUCAAGGUCAAAUGUCAAAUAUAUGGGUCAAAAUCGCUCAUUUAAUGUACACUUUUGCAAUAUUUCAAUAUUCAAGAUAGCAACUUAAUAUUUGGCAUGCGUGUGUAUCUCAUGGAGCUGCACAUUUUGAGUGGUGAAAGGUCAAGGUCAAGGUCAUUCUUCAAGGUCAGAGGUCAAUUAUGUGGCCAAAAUCGCUCAUUUGAUGAGUACUUUUGCAAUAUUGAAGAUAGCAACUUCAUAUUUGGCACGCAUGUGUAUCUCAUGGAGCUGCACAUUUUGAGUGGUGAAAGGUCAAGGUCAUCCUUCAAGGUCAAAUAUAUGGGUCAAAAUUGCUCAUGUAAUGUCACGUCUGCAAUAUUGAAGCUAGCAAUUUUAUAUUUGACAUGCAUGUGUAUCUCAUGGAGCUGCACAUUUUGAGUGGUGAAGGGUCAAGGUCAAGGUCAUCCUUCAAGGUCAAACGUCAUAUACGGGGACAUAGUGUUUCACAAACACAUCUUGUUGGACUAUGCUAUGUCUUUUUUACACACAUAAAGGCGCACUCUGUAGAAAGACAUUUCACAUAUGGGAAAUUUAAUUGUUUGGUCAUAUUGUUUUCGAAGUCGAAUUAAAAGUAUAUAUUAAGAUACAAAAUGAUACCAUUUAUAAACAUAAUAUAGCGAUAACUUGUCAUGAAACAUAUUAUUACACACCAACGCAUAUACCUUUAACGUCUAUUAUAUAAUCAUUGAGGAAUACUUUUGUAUUGUUGAAUUUUAUUUAUGCAUAGCAGUUGCACACAUAUAAUAAAUAGCGUUAAAAUACACACAAUUGUUGCUUGAUGUAAAUGACUGUUACAUUCUUUAAGACGUUAAGCGACGUUUGAAACUAAUCCUAAAUGUCAUUUAAAUUGUAAAUGAAUAUAAUUUGGAUGUACGGCUUGUUCAAUAACCGCGGCAUACAUUCACAUACAAGUAAAAGCCUGAAAUACAAUAUACAAUUGGUAUGUAUACAGUAAUUGUUUGAUAUGUAAAAUUAAAUUUCAUUCUUGCAACUCGCGGAACACUGUAGUUUCUGGUUACUCAGUCUAGUUGCAAUGCUUUCACUCAGAGUGGUUUCAAUAACACUAUUCGUUAACGUGCAUUUUGUUCUGAAAACACUUGAUCAUGUGGUAUUCACGUACAUUAUUGUCUGUUUUCAAAUGUAUUGUCCUUUUCUUUCA